CAGAAGUGGGUAGCAGGCAGGCUCUGUGCACGGUGACACUGAGCGCAAUGUGGCUAAAGCUGAUCUCGGCAGUUGCAGAAUUUUGUUUUUCCCCCUUUUUAGUUGCAGAUCAAGAAACAGCGUCGGAUGCCCCUGAGCAGAGCUCCCUCACCUCUCAAGACCCCCAGCAGCCCACAAGUACGGUCUCAAUGAUGGAAAAUUCCAGUAUACCAGAGACUGACAAGGAAGAGAAGGAACAUGUCACUCAAGACCCUGGCUUGACCACUGAAGCCACUGCUCAGUAUACAGGACUGGCGAGGAGGAAGAGUGGCAUCCUGCUGCUCACACUGGUGUCCUUUCUCAUCUUCAUCCUCUUCAUCAUUGUUCAGCUCUUCAUCAUGAAGCUGCGAAAAGCACAUAUGAUAUGGAAGAAGGAAAGUGAGAUUGCAGAGCAAACUUUGGAAAGUUACAGAUCAAGAUCCAACAAUGAAGAAACAUCUUCCCAAGAGAAUAACAGCCAGACCUCCAAGUCUAAGCAUUGCAUGAACUACAUCACGCGGUUAUACUCGGGAGCCAAAACAAAGAAGGAGAAUGCCCAGCACUGGAAACUGGAAGGCAGGCACAGUCGCGUCCCGGAGAGUAUUGUGUAG